GCGGCCACUCGCAGACGGCGGCGCCUGCUGUCCGGAGGUUCAUCGCAGACAUGACCUGCGAGAUGUGGGCAGCACUGCUGCCGUGGGCCGGCAUCCUGUGCCACGCCAGGCACCACCACGAAGCAUCCUGGGGCGGCGGUCCGCCGGCGCACGUCCACUACGACGUGUGGGACGGCGACGAGGCGGCGCUGGAGAUGUGCGGCGACAUGGGGCUCGCCGUCCCGGUCAACUCCAGCUUCUACGACGUGAUGCUCCACGCCGCGAGGGUCGACAGGCACUACCGUUUUAAAGCGGACGUGAUGCACGGCCAACACUACAUCACCAGCAUCGGGGGAAAGCAGUAUGACCGGAAGAAUGGCUUCUUUUGGAUGAUUUACAGGCUUAAGAAUCCACCCAACCCUCUGAAGCCACCCACGGAUGAACAACUCACUCCUAAAGGUGUCGACAGGACUUAUGUUUCGGACGGCGAUUUUUUCCUCUUCUGGCUGAAGAAGGUCAAUUGGGCUCAGAUGAACAACGCUACAAGCCGGAGCGAGAUAACCGGCCAGAAUCAUAUUUUUGACAUCCAAGCACCCUGAAUCCGCACAGACUGUUAACAUUCCAAAAGAAGGAUCACGAUUUACUAUUAAAAAAUAUGGCUGCACAGAUAUAAUAACUGAAUACUUUUACAGGAAAAUAAACACAUACAGUUAAUGUGUGGCUACCUACUUCUAACCUAAGUUAAUAAUAAUUAGCAUUGUGCGAAUAAAAAAAUAAUUUUUUUGGUUCUGGGCCAUUGUUUACUGAAGAUGAUAAGAUAUCUUAAAAAAAUUAAUUUUCCCUAACCUUAUUCACAAUUAAUUAAACUAAAAAUAUUUCUGUGUAAAAAAAAACCUAAUUUAGGCGGAAACAAACUGUGUUGCUUGAA